GUGGGGCACUGGUGCUGCAGUGUGUGACAAGUGCUCAGAGGAUGGGCAGCCUGCUGCAGGCAGAAAGGAAGAAUGGAACUGGAAGCUGAGUUGCCUGUCCUAGGACUGAGUAUUGCUGUUUUAUCUAGUUUAUUGAAUGGAUCAACUUUCGUACUACAAAGGAAAGGCAUCCUCAGAGCUCGCAGGAAAGGUGGCUCAUACUUAGCUGACAUUAUCUGGUGGGCUGGAACUAUUACAAUGGCAGUUGGGCAGAUUGGCAAUUUCUUGGCAUACACUGCUGCUCCUGCAGUGCUUGUUACACCCCUGGGUGCCCUGGGUAUUCCAUUUGGGUCUAUUUUAGCUUCAUACCUUCUAAAAGAAAAUCUUAAUUUCCUGGGGAAGCUGGGAUGUCUGCUUUGCUGUGUGGGUUCGGUUGUUUUGAUUAUCCAUUCCCCAAAGUCUGAUGGUGUAACAUCUCUAUUGGAACUGGAAGAAAAGUUCACAAAUCCAGCAUUUAUGACCUACCUGUUGGUUGUACUUCUUAUGCUAUUUAUGCUGAUAUUCUGGAUAGCUCCAAGCCAGGGGCACAGAAACAUAAUGGUUUAUACUGGUAUUUGUUCCUUAUUGGGCACCUUCACUGUGCCCUGCACCAAAGGUAUUGGUCUGGUGGCUCAGGAAGCCUUUGCAAGUAAUUCUACCAACUCAAGAGCGCUUUACAUCUUUGUGACUCUCCUAGCUGUACUGGGCUGCAGCAUCCUCAUUCAGUUUAGAUACAUCAACAAAGCACUGGAAUCAUUUGACUCCUGCAUAUUUAGUGCAAUCUAUUAUGUGGCAUUCACCACCCUAGUUUUGUUGGCAACUGCCAUACUUUUCCAAGAGUGGACAAAAGUGGGAGCAGUAGACUCCUUGGCUAUUGUAUGUGGAUUCACGACCAUGUCAACAGGAGUUGUCCUUAUACAGAUGUUUAAGGAGUUCAGUAUCAACCUACAGGAAUUAAAUAAAACAUCAAAGAAAGAUGAAUAAAAGAGCCCUGCUAAGCAAAAUCUUGGAAUGUUUCCUGUUCAUGGUCUAUAUAUAGGGUUGUAUAUUUUUAACUCGGUUUUCUAAUUAAAUUAUCAGUAUUAAUGUAUAAUUGUACUGUGCCUAUACACCAUUUGUGGUAUUAUUCAUGCUGUAAAUGUUCCAUUGUGAUGAUCAAAUCCAUGCUAUUUGGUGCUGUCUGUGCAUGGGAACAGUGACUGGGCACACAAAUAAAUCGUCCAUGAGUUUGGAGAUUGUAUUGAAGUUUAUCGAAAAUUAACACGCUGUUUUGGUGUGCUUUAUAGGAAAUUCUACUAGAUGUAAAAACCACUAUUCGCAUAUACAUUUUUUAACAUUACUUUAUUAAUACAUAAAAUCUGUGCCAUUAAUAUUAUAAUGUUAACAAAUAUGAAAGCCCCAUUAUCAAGAUGCCUUUAAAGGGGGCAUGAAUAAAAAAGUAUAUUAAAGCCUUCACAAAUAUUACACUGGUGUCAAAUGAAACACUUAUAUAAAUUUUUUUAACCUUAAUAUUGGUAAACUUCAGAGUCAUUUUAAAGUCUUUCUAGCUUUUUUGCCUUCCUUUAGCAACCAAUUCUGAGAGUAUUACAACCCAUAUUGUUUGCAGCUACUUCCUUAUGCACUCCCACUGGUUAAUGUUUACUUAUGCAAUGAUUUACUGACUCAUUCUAUCAUACUGUUGCCAUUCCCUUCCUCUCCUUAAGGGCCCAACCUUUGAUCAUUUAAAGGUCACAGAUUAUUUAUCUGUGCUGCUUACAGGUGAGAUUUCCUAUGCUUCUUUCCAAGGAUUUGAUCAAAAAGACACUAUUAGUGAUGUUGCACAAAGCCACCAAUCGGCAAUUAGAUUUGAACAUUCGCCAUGUGUUAGAAAACAAAAGCAAAGAUCUGAUUGUUUGCUAUGGGCAAUGCCACUGGUGAUGUUGGCUUACACACUAUAAUAAAGAUGCCCCUAACUCUUUUUAUCAUUUCUGCUUUAUUCUGCCCUCUUUUUUUCCACUCUUCCACUUAUGUUCUGCUCCAUUUUUUUCCCUCUGUUCAUACUUUUCUUACUUCUUUGCCCAUUAACUACUCGUAACCUACUACUAUACAUAUGCUUUCAUUCCUCUCUGACCCUCAUGCAAUUUUUUCCGUCCUCUCUUCUAUUUCCCCAUUCAUAGCCCCUCUUUUAUAGAUUUCCUACUCUCCUUGUUCUUAGACUUCGCUUCAGUUGCUUUCCAUUCUUAAAAACAUUACAGUAUUUCCAGACAUACAUGGCCAACAGCAGUUACCGAUUAAUUGUGCUGGUAGAUAAGAUGUGAUAUUGCAGGCAUACACAGCAAUCAUGCAAGAAAUAGUACAAAUGAGGUAACACAGCUGCCCAUUUGAAGCACUGAAUCUGCCCGAGUGCUGGCACACGCAGCCAAUAUCCACCAACAAAUGCUAAGUUUUGCGUUGUUGGCAGAUAUUUGCUGUGUGUACCUGCACUUGGGAUUCAAUGCUUCCAGAUGCAGGCACAACUAGAAGGAUUUUUGGGUGUAGGAGCGUAUUGUCAGCCUACGUUUAUCUGCAGGCUGACAAUCCAUCCCGUGUCACCUAGCCCUUAGGAUAAUGCCACAUGAAACAGAUUCUUGGCCUGUGGGAAAAAUGCAUGCCAAGAGUCCGCCCCAUGUUCAAAAAAUCUGGAUGUUGUGCCUGCACUGGGAGCCAAUACAAUGGCCCUGCAGUUUCACAGCAAAUUCUUCUUAGUGUGUCCUAAAAGAUUUAUUCUUGCAGAGAAUGAUGCCCCCUGGACACCAAAGGGUUAACGGAAGGGGAGCCUUGCCUGGGCUAGGAAGGCAGGGAGGACUAAAAAGCUGGGCAGUAGCAAGGGCAGUGUGAGAGGAGUGGCUAGGAGAGGAUAUAAAGGGUGCAGGGAGUUCCGUUUCCCGCCAUAUGUAUUAGCACAAAGGGCAACGUUCCGCCCACCCUCCCUUGUUUCAGUCACAGCAGUGGGUGCUAGCGGUAGGGAAUGCUUACCAGGUGGUAAGGGGCUCAGGUUCCUCUGCCUAGCGGAGUAUGGGUCAUUACCUCCCUGGGUAUUGGGCCCAGGAGUCGUUGGCACAGAGUGAGACCCACUUGCUACCACUUGCCCUCCACAGUGCAUCUGCACCUGGUGGCCGACAUGGCAGGGGGGCCCGUUCACUCCGGUGGUGUGUUCUGUGCAGUGGCAAGCAUUCCCCUGUUACUGUUAUUGGUUAGAGAUUUACAUGUUAUGCAAAUACUAUUUGUAUAAAUAAAGCUGUGGCCUUUACAAUUCCA